AUGGCAGGAACAAAGAAAUCGAAGAGAUCAGAGCCACGGAAUCCUGUUUUGCCUGAAGAGAUGGUUGCCAAUAUACUUUGCUGGCUUCCUGGGACUUCACUGGUCCGGUUCAGGUGUGUUUGCAAGACAUGGCAAUCCAUUAUCACAGACCCCCACUUCAUUAAAACUCAGAUUCACUGCAGCCAAAUUAUGGCCAUGAAAAAGGGCUCAUCAUUGAUGAUCACCACGGAGGCAACUUAUUAUAACCGGCCUCGAUUCGCCUCUAUAAGCUUUCAGCAUUAUCUACACUUACCAGAACACUACACAGUUAUUGGAUCAUGUAAUGGUAUUCUAUUUCUUCGAAACUAUGUAUGUUGUUAUCUCUGGAACCCGGCAACCAUGCAGUCCAAGGAACUUCCUAAGUGCCCCGAGAUUAAUGGAAAAGCUUUGAAUUAUAACUUUCAAACUCAAGUAGCCUUUGGUUUUGAUGCUCUCUCUGAUAGCUACAAGGUUCUUAGAUUUAUUUGUCCAGAUAAAUUUAAACCUAAUGUUGUACCAAUUGUGCAGCUAUAUUCCACUGAUAUUAAUUCUUGGAAAGAGAUCAAAGUUCAUGAUGAAUCCAUAUCGCAAAUUAUUUGUGGCCUGAAUCGAAAACUUGGUCCUGUUAUUAAUGGAGUAUUGUAUAUGGGUCAUAACGGACACCUAAUAUCAUUCGAUUUGCACACUGAGGCGUUUACAGCACUCUUGUUCCCUAAAUCCAAGAUAGUGAAGUCUGAGAUUUUGGAUUUCGAAGGCUCUGUUGCUGUCGUCUUUGAAUCCAAAAAGAAAAGGUCACCGUCUUUGAAUCCUGGAGACGGCCCUGACUCACCGACUGGUCUAUGGACGCUAGGUUAUAACCUUCAUGGUGAACGCUAUUGGAUCAAGAAGUUUGAUAUUAACAUACGUAGUGUACGUUCUUAUUUGGGUGGUGGACUGCUUUACGGAAAAAAUAAAAAAAAGAUCUUGUACAACUAUAGAGAUAAUGAAUUCAAGCCUUUUCCACGUCUAGCUAAGAAACCGGAAGCAGUCUUGAGGUACACAGAGACCCUCGCUUCAGUAGAAGGGUUUGAACGUAGCGUUUUAUUCGUAUCUAAGGUCUAUCCUCAAGUGGAGUAG